AGCGAGAAAAAAGGAUGGCUGGCGACUGCCUCUAGGCUACAGACGAGUUGGGGCCUGUACUCGUACUCUCACUCUACGCACUCGCACCGAAAGUUCGGCGAACGUUUAACUUGCUUACUUUUCAAUUUGUUGGCGGCAGCGACACAAAGAUGCGGCAGAUGGGGCAGGAAGCGGGCCACAUGUGCUUACCCGUUACUGUUAUGGGCAGAGCACAUCAUAAUGCAAUGGAAUAACACACAAAGGGGCUUCUAUUCUGGGCUUAGGCCUGGGCAAAUACGGCCAGAGAGCGAUUAGCGCAAAUGUAUGAAGAGCUUUGGCUCUGCUCCCCAGCAGAACAUAGAAGCCACAAAGCCGCAACGACCACUGCCACAGCCACUGCUUCUGCAACUGCUACUGCCACUGCCUCAUCAAAUAUGCAUUAUGUGUGUGCACUGGAGCUGGCAACGACGGGCUGUGUCCUGGCAUUUGGGAUGCAGGGGCAAUCAGGAAAUUAAACCGAAUCAAUAAUUGCAAAGCCUGUUGAAGGUCUGCAAGGAAUUAUGAGCCCUAAUUGAAAUAUACUCGUACAAAUUUUAUAUGGGGAACAUCAUGGCUCCCAACUUUAAAGGUCCCAACUUUAAAAGUCCCAACUACACUGCAUAGGAUAAACAUAGAUACUGGGAUAUGCGAUAUACCACUAUUUCAGAAUUGGGACAAAAACGCCAUCUGGCGUCUAUCACUCUAGAGAGAAAGCUCUCACUUCGAACUGUUACGCUGCCUAACAGGGGGAUUCUCGAAAGGCUACCAGCGAAAGGAACAGGGAGGGUAACAUGGAUUCCAGUUAACAGAGAAGAACCACCAUUGGAACAAUCGAAUGGAGAAAAGUUACCGGGUGGGGAAUCGCUUGUCUGCGAGUCGCUUACGUCUCCAUCCCAUCCCAUGUCGUCGGCGUCUCCAUGGCAAAGAGCAGUGGAACACUGACCAAAACACUGCAUUUGCUUGCGUUGCCCAUGACGACUCCGUGGCACAAUCAGCUGGCCGCCGCCUGUGGCAUGUAAACAAACAGAAACUGAAAUCCGCAUUAAUCAACGGGAACUCGGAGCGAAAGUUUAUUUGAAACAGUAAAAAUAAUCAAACAAAUCAGAGCUGGUGGUCGGUAUGGCCAUGUCCUAGAUGGGUGUGCUAUGCGCCAAGCUGCGCCGCUACUUCUGCUCCUCCUGCUGCUGUUUUAGGGCCUUGCCGCCGCCUGAGGAGUUCCAGGUGCUGCUUCUGGGGCCCGCUGGCAGUGGAAAGACGGAGCUGGGCCACCGGGUGAGCGGUCGAGAGCGCGGCGGGGACGAUCUGGAUCCCACUAACGGAGUGCGAUGCUACCGCUUGGAGUCGGCGGCUUUACAGCGCGAGGAUAUCGCUGUGGAUCUGCAGCUCACCGAGGUCGGUGGCAAUGCGGAAAUGCAGCGCCUCUGGAAGCACUACUACGCUGCCAGUCAUGCACUGAUCUACUGCUUCGAUCUUGGCUCGGGCAUGGAGGAGCUGGAGGACACGUUCGCGCUGCUGCGCAAGUGCCUUCAGGGCACGGCUCUGGACGGAAAGCCUGUGCUGCUGGUGGCCAAGCGACACCGCGACGGAGUGCAACUGUACGACGUGGAGCACUCCUUUGGCCUGGACCAGCUGGCUCGCACCUGCGGCUGCCCCCUUCACAUCUGCCACAUGGACGACGCCAGGGAUCUGGGACACGGCAUUGUUUGGCUGUGCCGCCAGCUAGUGGCACGGCGUCCCAUGCUCGAGCAGCGCGUCCGCUACGACGUCAACAUGCAGGUCUGGCACCGACGCAAGAAGUCACUCCUCUCCAGAAGCAAGAUGGCGCAAGUGCAUCGCGGCCGAUUCCGUCGCCCAAACAGAAAGCUCUGGCCUACAGUCAAUAGUGUUAAUCACACAACGGUGCGUCCCAGUACGGCGCCGCCGACAAUUUUCUUAGUUCGCUCGCGACAAGAGGCAGCGCCAAAUCCGGAGCAAGCAGCGUCUUAGCUUUCUGUCACGUGUCCGCGUCCGACGUGCCAAAAGCAUUUUGUUACCAGAGGCCUUACGUUUUUAUUUAUAGGAUUUAAGCAGUAUUUUAUAGUUAAGGUUUAAGUAAAAAUGUUAUGGUUUUUUCUGCGGGUAAUUUCGCGCUUUUUCCCAUUUUAAAGCCGGUUAUCUCUCCGCUUAUCGCAAAAAGAGGCACAUUGACUGUCCAAUCGCAAUAUUUCGUAGUCCGGUUUUCGCAAAUCGCGAUUUCUAAAAUGAUACACAAAUUUUAAUGUGCGAAAAAAAAACUAUAAAGAUAUUUGCUGAUGUUUAAGUUUA